AUGAUAAGCCUGGAGUGCGGUAGCGAUGAAUCGCCGUUUCUCGUCGCAGCUAAAACUACCUUGAAGAGCAGCGUCGGGAUCUUCAUCUCGGGUGGCCUCCUGGAUCGUCGUCAGUCUAUCUCCGUCACGAUCGACAACAGAAGCGAGGAGAGGGUUGAGCUUGACGCCGGGACCCCGCUAGCUGUCAUCUCCAACAUGAGCCUCGUAAGAACGGCAGCCGAAACAAGGACGCAGUUAUUCAACACGGAGGACCCGAUCAGCAGCGUCGUUGAUGCCUGA